AAUUUUGAUUUGAUUACAAUUUGAAGGACUAUUUGGUCUAUUCCCUAGUUGAACAUUAAACCCUUUUUGAAGCGUUACUUGAACGCGCAUCUCCUUCUAUUCACCGUGUCUUGUACUGUUGUUUCUCUUCAGUGCUUCAACAAUGAGCAUGUCGUCACUGCGCCUGGAUUCUCACGCAAUACGCACUCCUCAGCCUCAACGUCCCUUCACCUUCAAACGCUAUCCUUCCACCCGAAACGUCGUCGUAUGUUCCGCAAAGCCAAUUGCGCCGCCUCCCACUAAACUCACCGCCGCCGGUUCUACCACCGGCCGAAUCGAGUCGCUCAGCCAGGUCUCCGGUGUUCUCGGUUGUCAAUGGGGCGAUGAGGGUAAGGGAAAGCUAGUCGAUAUCUUAGCUCAACACUUUGAAAUCGUUGCUCGUUGUCAGGGUGGAGCUAAUGCUGGGCAUACUAUUUAUAAUGCGGAGGGGAAAAAGUUUGCCCUUCAUCUCGUUCCUUCUGGUAUCCUUAAUGAAGAUACACUGUGUGUUAUUGGGAAUGGUGUUGUAGUACACCUGCCAGGGUUGUUUGAAGAAAUUGACAACCUUGAGUCAAAUGGGGUCUCAUGCAAGGGAAGGAUAUUAAUUUCGGAUCGGGCCCACCUGUUGUUCGAUUUCCACCAAACCGUGGAUGGGCUGAGGGAAGCUGAGCUAUCUAAGUCUUUCAUUGGCACCACCAAGAGAGGCAUUGGUCCGUGCUACUCCAGCAAAGCUAACCGCAAUGGGAUUAGAGUUGGUGAUUUGCGGUACAUGGAAACAUUACCUCAGAAGCUUGAUCUUUUGUUAUCAGAUGCAGCGUUGAGGUUCAAAGAUUUUAAGUAUGGUCCGGACGUGCUCAGGGAAGAAGUUGAGAAGUACAAGAGGUAUGCUGAAAGGUUGGAACCAUAUAUUGCCGAUACUGUGCAUGUUAUGAAUGAAGCUAUAACACAAAAGAAGAAGAUCUUGGUUGAAGGGGGACAAGCAACCAUGUUGGACAUUGAUUUUGGUACUUAUCCAUUUGUUACUUCUUCUAGCCCAUCAGCAGGUGGUAUAUGCACUGGUCUUGGUAUUGCUCCAAGAAUAAUUGGUGAUUUAGUUGGAGUGGUGAAAGCAUACACUACAAGAGUUGGUUCUGGUCCUUUUCCAACUGAAAUUUUGGGCCCAGGAGGUGAUCUCCUCAGAUUUGCUGGGCAGGAGUUUGGCACAACUACUGGCCGUCCUCGACGGUGUGGUUGGUUGGAUAUAGUUGCCUUAAGAUACUCAUGUCAGAUCAACGGUUUUUCAUCAUUGAAUCUGACCAAGCUGGAUGUUUUGUCUGAUCUCGCUGAAAUACAAUUGGGUGUUUCCUAUAAACAUGCUGAUGGCACCCAGGUCAAAUCAUUCCCGUCGGAUCUUCAUCUUCUCGAGCAAUUGAAGGUGGAAUAUGAAACACUUCCUGGAUGGAAGACCGACAUUUCAUCGAUUAGAAACUAUUCUGAUCUUCCAAGAGCUGCACAGUUGUAUGUGGAAAGGAUAGAAGAACUUGUUGGCGUCCCUAUUCACUACAUUGGUGUUGGGCCUGGGCGUGAUGCUCUCAUAUUCAAAUGAUUUUCAGCAUGUACUUCCAUGCCACUACAAGCAAGUUUAGAGGCUUUCUACGCAUAAGUUUUAUUCCCACUAACUUUUGAUUUGGGAUGAAAGCACAUUUCUGGCGACUAGUAAGGAUUAACUAUUUAUCUUUGGCAUUUUUACCUCUUAAUUUUGCAGUACUUGCUGGGAGGAUGUGUUUUUGAUGUAAAAUACAUGAAUUAGAUGUAUGGUUUUUUUAUGAUGUUAACAUCUGCUCUCAGUGUUUUCUAUGUAGUAGAAAAUAAUGUUGUACUUGUAAUGAUCCUGAGGUUGAGUGUCUAGUAUCUUCGAAAAUUGCACCCAUGAUUUUGUUAUAUGUAAUUGUUAUUCUCACUUA